AUGCCCAUCCAAGGCGCUGACACACAGUUCCUCUUGCUUCCAUAUUUCCCUGCCAGGCUAUCUGUGCCCCCUUCACCGGCCCAUUCACAACCAUCGAUCAAGGACCGCCGGCCCACAGCCUAUCCAGGCACCGGAAACUGCUUCCACCCUUCCCCAUCCCCAUCCUCGAUCCCAACCACAGAUCUCCAUCACCACCACACCGACGCCCUUCCGCCCACGCACCAUCCCCCCCCCGCCGACGCCUAUGCAAUGCAGCGCUUGUCCAUGGCCCAGCACGCCCCCGCCGACCACCGCUCCGCCGCCCCGUCAGGCAGAGCUUCCUACGCGCCGACGGAGGCCCAGGCCCGGGGGCCGACCGAUUACGCGGCGCCCAUCCCCAGGCUGAGCGUGGCCCCCUAUGACGCCCACGCCAGCCCCUCCAGGGUGACCUUCGCCGGGGUGGACAGGGUGUUUUCGGACGCCCCGCUGGCCAACGAGGGCGUCACGCGCGAGAUCCGCAAGUCUGUGAUGGAGCUCCCCACCAGAAGUUCUCUGAUGAGCAUCGCCGCCGACGGGGACGGCGCCGGCGACCACUCCCCCCGCAGCCAAUCCAAUCACCAAUCGCAGCAAAGACUUUCGGCUGCGGACAGAUUUUCGGGAGUGGACGACCGCGACCCGCGCCUCCGCGCCCCCGGCGACCUGAUCGCCUUCAGCUCCGACAACGAGCACCCGCUGGACGCCGAGUACCCCGUGUACGCGGCGAGCCCCGCGGAGAUCCUGCCGGGGACGGAUCAGGCCACGCAGACAAUGCGAGACCCACGCGGCGAUCGCCGGCGGGCUCACAGCAUGGCGGCUUCGAUGGACGGCGGAGCGCUCCCCGGUGGGAUGCCUGCCAGGGCAUCCGCGAUGGAUUUCGCCCUCGAGCAGAGCCGCCCGCGCCAGGACCUUGGCCAGGGAUGGGACGUGGCAGCUGGGCCAAUUGCAUCGAUGCAGGAUGCCACCGGCUUGGGGCGACAGUUCGCCGUCGACAGAGGCCUCUCGACAGGCCCGUACGCCUCCCCGGCGCCGCAGAUCGAAGCAGCAUCAGUGCCUGGCCUCGACCCAAGGGACCAUCCCGGCUACGGGGAAAGAUUCUUCGGCGCCGCAGGCCCGUCGGAGGAAAGCACCGCCGGCCUCCGGGGCGCCUCCCAGCCACCCUCCUACCGCCACUCCGUCGCCGCCAUGGCGUCCACCCUUAACCCCGCGCUGCGCCACUCGGCGCCCGCCGACCCCCGCUACUCCCUCCCCACCUUCCGCCAACCCGCCGACCCCAACUUCGAAUUCGACCCCUCGCGGGGCAACCCCUUCGCCGCCAGGCGCACGCCCCCGCCCCGCCGUCCCGAUCCAAUCCCCGCGCAGCCAACGCCGCGCCAAUCUGACUUCCCCUUGGAGAUCCCCAUGCCAACCGACCAGGCCUGGGCGGCGGGAACGCUGCAGCGGCAAUUCCAAGAGAAUGAGCCACAGGCGCACCCGAGAGGACAAGCUGCGACUUACUCCAUCACGCCAAGGCCACCCCCGCCCCCGCCCCCUCCCCCUCCUCCACCCCCGCCUCCACCCCCGCCGCCUCCUUCGCAAAGUCUCGCCAGAUCUGCACAGACCUCCCCCGAGGACGGUGUGUCGGACAUGACACCGUUCGAGGGGCAGGCUGGGGUUUGGGAGGGUCAGCCCCUGGGCGGCGGCGGAGCAAGGGGGACGGACGCGGGGCCGGAUACUCGGGGCGCGCGGCCGGCGGCGAGCCAGGUACGGAGAGGGGCGGGUUCUCUGUGA